AUGUCGACGACUACAACAAUCACUGCGCCUCCGGGUCCGCCGGGGCAACCGGACAUUUCGUACGUGCCAAAUCCAGAAAAGUGGCGUGCCCGCGCCGAGUCUCGGAUUAAAGCCGGGGGGUUGCCGAACAAGGUCCCGGAAGGUUUUCCGGAGCAACUCUCCGGAAAUCUAGUGUGGGAAGGCAGUUCCGUUGCAGCCAGUUACAACUGGACCUUCGUUCUUAGUGAUGGUCAUCUCGAUGAGAUCGAUAGCGCUGUGAAGCAUUUCAAGUCUCUCAACCUGCCGACUGGUCAUGUCAGUGUCGAGACCUUUCCACUCCCGACCUUGCACCCUGAGCUUCGUCGUCUCUCUGCCGAGUUGCAUAAGGGCCACGGCUUUUUCGUCAUCCGCGGUUUGCGACCAGACGAGCACACACGAGAGGAGAAUCUCAUCAUUUACGCCGGCGUUUCGGCGCACAUUGCACCGCAGCUGGGCCGACAGGACCACAAGCACAACGGCGAACCCGCUGACGUUGUGCUGGGGCACAUCAAGGAUUUGAGCAGCACGCAGAAUGGUUCUAUUGGGAGCCCGGCCUACACGACUGACAAGCAGGUCUUUCACACGGACUCGGGUGAUAUCGUAUCCCUAUUUGCCCUCGAGACGGCGGCCGCGGGCGGAGCCAGUAAGCUGGCGAGCACGUGGAGAGUUUACAAUGAGAUAGCAAAGACGAGGCCUGAUUUGAUCCACACACUAUCAGGCACCUGGGACCAGGAAGUUUUUGAAAAGGCCGACAAGCAGUGGACGGAGCGCCCGCUCCUCUUCCACUUCCCCGCCACCGACUCUACUCCGGAGAGGGUCACGCUUCAGUAUGGUCGCCGCUAUUUUGUGGGAUAUGGUGCGCUGCCGCGAAGUCCAAACGUUCCCGCUAUCACAGAGGCCCAGGCAGAAGCGCUGGAUACGCUGCACUUUUUGGGUGAAAAGUUUUGCGUCAAUACCAAUUUCCAAAAGGGCGAUAUCCAGUACAUCAACAAUCUAGCCAUAUUCCAUGCUAGAGAUGGGUACACCGAUACUGCAGAGCAGAAGUAA